GCAGCCCUGGUCACUCUGGGCACGUAGUCAAAAAAUAAAAUGAGGUUUUUUUCCGGCGUAUUCCUAAUUUUAUUAAUUAAACUUUUCCAAAAUGCCCACGCCGGCGAGGUGGAAGUCGUCGGUUGCGGGGGAUUCAUUAAGAGCCACGCCGACAUCGACUUUUCCCGGGUGGAGAUCAAGCUACUGACCAAGCAGGGAUCCCUGAAGGACAAGACGGAUUGCUCACCGUCGAAUGGGUACUACUUUCUGCCCAUUUACGAUAAGGGCGACUACCUGCUCAGCAUUUCACCGCCGCCGGGAUGGAGCUUCGAUCCGGAGCAGGUGGAGUUGAACUUUGACGGCAAGACGGACGUUUGCAGCCAGGGUCGCGAUGUGAACUUUGUGUUCAAGGGCUUUGGCAUCACCGGUCAGGUGGCCCUCGCCACUGGCGGCGGAGCCCGUGACGUGGACGUUGAACUCCAUUCGGAGCAGGGCGAGGUUCGGCGCACCAAGAGCGAUGCCAGCGGCGUCUUCUCCUUCACACCCAUUAUUCCCGGGAAAUAUGUGGUCAAAGCCUCCCAUUCGCGGUGGCACUUCUCCAAGGCGGAGCACAAUGUGGUGGUUGUCAGUGGUAAUACCGAGCUGCCGGCUAACUCCCUUGUGGUCUCCGGAUUCGAUGUGGUCGGUCGCUUCGAUUCUAGCGCACAGCUUCCCGGAAAUCUAGGUGUGGCCCUCUACAAAAAGAAAGGACAAUCUCUAGUGCCAAAAUGCGAGAAAUCCUCCUCAGCGCCGGCAAAUAGUGCCAAUAGCGUCUACGAAUCUGCAGCCUCAUGCUUCUCCCAGUUGGACAAAUCCGGAGAAUACAAUUUUAAGAAUGUGCCCUCCGGCAAAUACCUGCUGAAGGCCAUCAACCUGGAUUCUAAACUUAAGCUCCACUUGAGUCCCGAGUCUUUGGAAUUAGAAGUUGGCAAGGACACGCUGCAACUGAAAGAGGAGUUCAAGAUCACAGGCUUCACAGUCUCUGGUCUGGUUCUAUCCUCAGCAGGUGGUGCUCCUCUGAAGUCGGCGGUCGUUAAAGUAAAUGGAAAGAAGGUGGCCGAAACUGAUGCCCAGGGAUCGUAUACAUUGGAGAACCUUCAGGCGGGCACUGUCAACAUCGAAGUGGGGUCCUCCCAGCUACAGUUCUCUCCCCUGCAAGUCAAGGCUCAGAUAAACACCGCCACCCUGCCCACCAUUGUGCCAUCUGCUUACGAGGUGUGCGGAAAGGUGGUCUCGCCGAAAUCACACAAUGUGGGACUGACCAAGACCGGCUCCACCUUCCACACGACGGCCAUUACAAAGGCCGAUACCGGAAGCUGGUGUGCCUUCCUCCCUGUGGGAAAAUAUACCAUUGAAGUCCUCACCACGGAUGCCGACAAGGCGGCUGGAGUCCAGUUCUUCCCUGUUCAGCAGCAGACGGAGGUGCGCGAUGCACCUGUCAACGGCAUUACCUUCUCUCAGUUGCGCGCCACGAUUCGCGGCGAACUCCAGUGUCUGUCUGAUGCCACCGCCACCUGUACAUCCGCCGAGGUCACUCUACAAGCCUUGGAUGCCACCGGUCAGCCAACGGAGAACAAGUGGAAGGCCAAAGCUCAUCGUGGCAAGUACGUGUUUAAGGAUAUGCUGCCAGGACCCUAUGAACUGACCAUCCCACAAGGAAAUCUUUGUUACGAAUCAACUCGCGUUUUUCUGAACGUUGCCUCCGCAGAAGAAGAUGCGCCGCCAUUUGUGCACAAGGGCUACGAGGUGUCCAUCAUCUCCAGUCAUCGGGCAUUGAUGAAAUACACUCACAUUACUGGACCCUCUGAGCCAAAGGCGCCCACUGAAACCCUAAAGAUUGCUUCAGGAGUGAACACAUUCUGCGUGAACAAGUACGGAAGCUACGAUUUCAAGCUGGAAGGCUGCCACACGUAUGACAGCUCGCUUCCCAGCAAAUUCAUCACUCCGGAGCCUGAUCAGCUUCAAACCCUGAUCAUCAAUGCAGUGGCCCACAAGACUGGCGUUCGCGUUCUGUCCACAGAACCCACUGCUGACUCCAUUAAGCUUGUGCUCGAAACGGAGUCGGUGGGACAGGAGGUCAUCACACCCACUGCUGAGUCUCACAAAGUAGAUGGCAAGUUCGCCUAUCGUUAUGACACAUAUCUAAAGCCCGAACAGGUUCUUCGCAUUACACCGGUGAGCGAUGUCCUGCUGUUUGCGCCACAACAACAGGAGAUUGUCGGAAGCAGCGAUUGUGUGGAUAUUGCCUUUAACUUUGUGGCCACCAGGGGUUUAAUUCUGCGUGGAAAGGUGGUUCCUGCCAUUAAGGAUGCCAAGAUCACACUGUCUUUCCCCGAUCAGCCUGAAUUGCAGAGCCUGGAAGUUCUUACCUCAGUCACUGGAGAAUUUAAGUUUGGUCCCAUUGAAGAGUCUCUGGCCUUUGACCUCAAAGCCGAAAAGGAGUCGUAUGUGUUCAGCGACUACAACCGCCAGUCGGCUUCGUUCAGCGCCCACAAACUAUGCGAGAUAUCCGUGAUUGUCAAGGAUGAAGCUGGUCAGACAUUGAGCGGAGUCCUCCUUUCGCUAAGCGGAGGCGAGAGCUAUCGCAAAAACCUGGUAACCGGUGAUAAUGGUGCCAUUAACUUCCAUUCCCUGUCGCCAUCGCAAUAUUACCUGCGACCCAUGAUGAAAGAAUACAAAUUCGAGCCCAACUCCAAGAUGAUUGAGAUUAAAGAUGGCGAGACUGUUACUGUAACCCUCACUGGCAAGCGCUAUGCUUACUCCAUCUUUGGCUCGCUGACUUCAUUAAACGGUGAUCCCUUCGCCGGCGUGAAUGUGCAGGCCACCGCCGAGGAGGGCUGCCCCCAGCAGCAAGAAGAGGCCACCAGCGAGGCGAACGGACAGUACCGCAUCCGAGGCCUCCAACCCGGCUGCAGUUACUCCGUUCGUGUGGUGCCCGACAAGGAAAACGUUGAGCGAUCCAUUCCCGGCCAGCACACGGUGAAGGUGGGCAGCGAGGAUGUGCGCGACAUAAACCUGGUGGCUAUUAGUCCCCUGAAGAUUGUGGACAUCACUGCCAGGGUGACGGCCACACUCAACGACCACUACAAGACUCUGCGCAUUGUGAUGUACCGCAAAGGAAACUCCGAUUCCCCGGUAUUCUCACAGCGGGUGGGCACUCCAGUGAAUCCUAAAGCCAGACUGAAUCCGGGCAUCACCGUUUACUUCCCUCGCAUUCCUCUGGACGGCAAGAGCUACGUGGUCGAGCUGCAGUCCACACUGUCUGAUAAAACUUACACCUACAAGCUGCCAUCGUCUACAUUUGUGGCUGAUCGGGGUUCCGUGUUCAUCCAGCUGGAAUUCCAGCCGGAGGUGCGCGCCGCUGAAGCCGAUCUUAACCAGAACUCCAUCUCGGCUCUGGUGCUUAUCGGCCUGGUGGCCAUUGCUUUCUUCAAGCAGGAUUUGGCCACCAACUUCCUCAGCUUUGUGUGGAGCAAGCUGAACGACGUGGCCGCCGAUCUCGCCCAGCGACAGAAGAGCAAGGCGCAGGUGCGCAAGAACGAGCCGAUCAACCAGCGCGAGAUCGAGCAGAUGGCCGACCAGAUAAAUGCCAUCAAGAAGAAAAAGACCAAGAAGAUUUAGUCCCGACUGAUAGUCGCAUUAGUUGAUCAAUUUAGUCACAUUUCGAGGUAUUCGCGGUAGGUAUUCAUUCGGUUUUGUUUUCUGUGAGAUUGUGUUUAACCCUGUUGUAACUUAAACUUUUAUUUUGAAUUGCAUUUAAGAAAGACUUUGUAAUUUUUUCAUUUUCCAUACAUAGAUUGAGGCAAGUUUAAUUUGUGUUCGUUAUCCACUCUUAUAGCUAAAAUAAAUAAAUACAAAUAAAUAGAUUAGUUUAA